ACGACCAACAGCGACCCCCAGCGGCCGGAGGAGGCAUCGCCCCCACCGGAGCUAUUACGUCUGCAUGUGUCAGAGGGAGUCAGGGCGAGUCUUGACUGCAGGCAUCGUCAAUGCGACCAGGAUGCGCAUCGUUACGGCAAGAAACCUUCGCUUUUCCCUCAACGGCAUAUCUCAGACGAACGCCUGACCGCUCGGCUUAGCUCACAAAGAAAACCUCAUUUGCACCCUCCUCAGCCCUGUUGUGAAGCCGCCAUGUCCGGCAAGGAGCGCAGCCCCCGCCAUCGGCCAUGGUCGGUCUACCGGGCCAACACCUUUGAUCUUUCAUCUGAAAUGAUGGGGCUUGCUCUUUCGGGCAACAGCCAAGAUCCCGAUGAACCAGUGCUGGAGUUCAGUGUGGCAUGCAGCGAGCUGGUCACGCCCUCUCUGGACCGUAAGCCAACCAGCUUCGUGGCAGUCAGCUGCACCACUCCCCCGCAGGCCUUCUGGACCAAACACGCUCAGACUGAAAUCAUAGAGGGCACCAGUAAUCCUAUCUUUCUGAGCAGCAUAGCGUUCUUCCAGGACUCGCUCAUCACUCAGCAGACUCAGGUCAAACUCUCUGUCUACGAUGUCAAGGACCGCACACAGGGCACGAUGUACAUGCUUGGCUCCUCCAUGUUUUCUGUGAAGGAGCUGCUGCAGGACAAACACCACAGGCUGCACCUGACUCUCAGGUCAACAGAGAGCGAGCGCGUGGGCAACAUCACCGUGAUCGCCUGGCAAAUAGAGGAGAAGCGGGAACAGAGGGCUCCGGUCGCCAGAUUACAGAGGGGAGACACCGUGAAUGGAAGGAUGGUUCUCCCUGUUGACGAAAGCUUAACCGGAUCAGUGAACAUUAAAUCGAAGUCUUCAUCAUUAUGUAAAGAUCCAUUGCUGAAGGCAGUGUUUGGAGGCGUCAUGUCACGCACCUAUCGCUUCCCGACCACGGACGGUAAUCACCUGCGGAUCCUGGAACAGAUGGCAGAGAGCGCCCUCUCAUUGCAUAUCCCUCGCCAGUUUGUCAAACUCCUGCUGGAAGAAGAUGCCGUCAGGGUGUGUGAGCUGGAGGAGCUGGGUGAGUUGUCUCCAUGCUGGGAAAACCUCAGGAGGCAGAUCAUCACUCAGUACCAGACCAUCAUCCUCACAUACCAGGAGACCAUAAGUGACCUGCACGAGUACAAAGGCCCCUCCUUUAAGUCCAGCACUUUGAAGGCUGAGAGGAAGCUGGAGUUCAUUCCCACUAAUCUGCAUAUCCAGAGAAUGAGAGUGCAAGGAGAAUCUGGCUAUGACCGGACGUAUGACGUGGUGACCAUCGGCGCUCCUGCAGCACAUCACCAGGGCUUUAAAGGCUGUGGCCUCAGAAGACUGCUACACAAGCUGGAAGAAGCCAGGAAACACACUCAUGAAGAAGAAAGCUCUACUGGUCCUGGCUCUAAAGGAAUGGCGUACCAGCCUCAGGAUGUCAUAAGAGCAAAGGAGCUGAUUGGUCAAAUUAACACUUUGAAGACACAAGUGUGUUACUAUAAUGAGCGUCUGUCGCGAGCUGCUAAAGAACGCUCGGCCAACGCUCUGGAAAGAACUUUGGCCAUCUUGACAGAGAAGACCCGCCAGUUGGUGACUGUGUGUGACUCGAAGCUUUUGUCUGCCGCCAUCGUGGCCCUGGCAGCUGCUCGCCCGACUUUCUCCCAGCAAAGCACCCCUUCGCCGUCCUCCUCCUCCCUCUCGCCUUCUUCCCGCUCGCCGUCCCGCUCGCCGUCUCGACAACCCGCCUCCCCUUCCCGUGCCGCCACCUCGCCCUCCCGGUAUGCGGCUCCUCAGGAGGGCGGCGAGGGCACUAAAAACAAGCGGGCCUCCACGCAAGGAGAUUUGCGCGAGGAGGAGUGGGAGAAGGUAUGGCUAAAUGUUGACAAAAGCCUAGAGUGUGUAAUCCAGAGAGUGGACCGACUCCUGCAGCGAGACAAACUCCAAAGUGACAGUAGCUCCGAGGAUGUCUUCCUGCUGGCCAGUGAGGAGCCAAGUAACACUAAGAAAGAAAGCAGUCCGGGGGUCGAAAAGACAUCUCCAGGAGAAUGGAGCGAAGCCCUGUAUCCGGUCCUCAGCACCCUGACGGACUGCGCGUCUCUGAUGAGCGACAAAGCAAAGAAAGCCAUGGUGUUUCUGCUGAUGCAGGACAGCGCGCCCACCAUCGCCAUGAGCCUCACGCUGCAGUACCGCCGGGACGUCGUCUUCUGCCAGACGCUGACUGCUCUGAUCUGCGGCUUCGUUCUCAAACUGAGGAACUGCGUUUGCGAUUCCGGCUUCCUCAGGCAGCUGCCCACUAUUGGCCUGCUGGUUCAGUACGAGAGCCUGCUCAGCACCUACGGAGAGGAGCUGGCCAUGUUGGAGGAUAUGAGCAUCGGAGUGAUGGACCUGAGAAAUGUCACUUUCAAGGUUACCCAGGCAACGUCAGGCUUCAGCCCGGACAUGCUGCCGGUGAUCACGGGGAACAGGAACGGCUUUAAUGUCAGGGUUCCGAUGCCUGGAGCAAUCUUUGACACGCUUCCUAGAGAGAUCCAGAACGGGAUGCUGCUUCGAGUGCAGCCGGUCCUCUUUAACGUGGGGAUCAAUGAACAACAGACACUGGCUGAGAAGUUUGGAGAUACAUCACUACAAGACAUCAUCAACCUGGAGAGCAUGGCCCGCCUCAGCUCCUACUACGACCAGUUUAAAGAGGUCCUUCCAGAAGACUGCCUUCCUCGUUCCCGGAGCUCCAGCAGUCUGCCCGAGCUGCUCAGGCAGCUGAGCCACAACGUGAACGCCAAGAGGAGCAAGAACGUGGAGAUCCUGUGGCAAGCUGCCGAGGUGUGCCGGCGCCUUAAUGGAGUGCGUUUCACCAGCUGUAAGAGCGCCAAGGACCGCACGGCCAUGUCUCUGACGCUGGAACAGUGUCAGGUCCUGCAGCAGGAGCACGCCCUGGCCCCCCAGGUCUUCUACCAGGCCUUGGACUGCAUGCGCAGUGAGGGCUGCAGGAGGGAGAACACCAUGAAGAAUGUUGGAUGUCGUAAAUACGCCUUUAACGCUCUCCAGCUCAAAGCUUUCCCCAAACAGUAUCGCCCCCCAGAGGGGACAUAUGGGAAAGUUGAGACCUAACUGGACUCCUGUGCUGAAUCCAAAAGACUGAGAAGGGAAAACGAUAAAUACAAAAAGAGAAAACAAAAAGAAAAACACCACAAAGAGAAGAUACCAACACAAACUGGAACAGCAGCCCUUUCUUUAGUGCUUAGUCACUGUCGAUUAAUGUCCAAGUGCCAGUGCUACCGUAGGUUGUUUUAUAGGGGUCCCCCCCUCUCCGUAGUACUAGAAUCGCACAUUUUUCACCACCACUUUACGGCUAAAAUCAAGCGACGGUCGGCUUUCUGUGUCACACUGUAGGCGGUGGGCUGAAGGUGUUACAGCUGCCCCAGUUGGAGCAUCAGGGAGUGUGCAUCUGGAUUUAGGUCAUAUUAACUCAACCAAUGUCCUAGAAAAUUAUGCUGUAACAGAUCCUGUGGCACACAUAGCACACCUGUGUGUGGGGCGAAAGAAGGCAAUUUGUUUUGAUGUUAUCCCUUCCUGAAUUAAGUGUAUGAAGUUUAUAUUUUCUCUUUAUUUCAACCAAUCUGAUGCAGUUAAAACGCCUUACAAAGUGAAUUUUUGCGGUUCCGCACAUCUGGGUAAAAGAGAGUUUGAUAAGUUGAGGAUGAUCAAUUUUCCUUUCCAUUUAAAGAUUACUGCUUACCAAACUGUUUAAAUCUUUAACAGUAUAAAGACAGUAGAAGCAGAAAUAUCGCUUGUGCUGCCGCAUGCGCCACUUUUUUAAAUUAGUUCUGCAUUUAGGUAACUUCUCCAUAAGAAAAAACUGGUGAUGAGUUUGGUAUUGUGGACCUAAGUUGUGUGGGCUGUUCCUUGACUCUUCAGAAGGUUAUGGGAUGCUGAACUAGCGUGCAUUGAGGUGGUCUAUUUCGUUGAAAUAGUCCCGCUGCUGCAGAGGCCAUCUUCUCUUAAAUCUCUUUAACUUACGUAUCUGUACAGCUUUAUAAUUUGCAUGGCCAGUUCAAAUCUUUUUGCUCUGUGCUACCUUUUAUCUUCUGGUUUCAAAGUUUAACGUCUGCUUACUAGACUAUUUACAGUUACCAAACAAGUAAAUAAGUUACAAUCAAACCACUAUGAUACGCUGUCAGUCAGCGACUUAAAAAAAAUUAUCUGCCUUAUACACUAUUUAAAUAUGUUUGGUCCCCAGUCUUGAAGAAAAUUUCCUUUAAAAAAUAUGAGAAAAAAGAAACUUACAGAAAAGAACAGAAAGGCCACAGAAGUCAGUUAAAGUUGGACAUGAAACAUCAUUGUUGGUCUUCUUGAUGUGUUUGUUCACAUUUGAUAUAGAACAUUAAAAAGUAGCACCAGCUUCACACUUUAAGGCAACACUGAAAUUUAUAGCUAUUUCUAUGAAGAUGUAACCUGUAAAAUAUGGAGCAAAACAGGACUGUUAGUCUGAGCUGCCUACAUGUUAUAACGUCAUUUGUUGUCAUUUUCAAUUUGCCAAGGGCGACACAGCAGAUAAUCAGCUCAGCCAAAACCAAUGUUACCUGUUGGAGGUUUUUCCUCUGGACCUACACUGCACGGCAGGAUGACCGAUUUUAGUAUCAGAGAAUUUAUUUAGUUUAUUUUUAUGGUCUAUCUCACCUUCGUCUCUUGCCAACUCCAAUAAAUCUGCAUCACUCAGUACAACAAGCACAGCUCUCUACAUUAUAUCUGACACUCUUCUCUGACAUUUAUAUAAGUGUGUCCACUCUCGUGUAAUUUCUGAGGUUCAUCUUAUGCUACACUGUGGUUCACAUAUCUACAGCUAUUUAGGACAUUUCUGCUGGAUUGUAUGCAACACUAAACUGGUGUGAUACCCAUUCAGACUUUGGUGUCUAUUCUUUUGAUCAUUGUAUGUGUUUGCUCUCAGUUUUGCAGUGCAAAUGGAAUUCAUGCAGAACCUUUAAGAUAAUUUUAUAUGCAUGAAAAUGAAAAAUCAAACUAAAAAACUACCCAUGUACACUUGAAAAUGUAACAAACCUGUUACAUUUUUGAACCAGCCAAAUCUGUUUAUGACUCCACUGUAUCAUGUAAUGUUUAAAAAGGUAGAUACAAGGGAUUUUAUUUAAAGAAACUUGCAGAGAGAUGUAAGUUGUGAUGACAUGGAUAGUGCAGCCAAAUGCUGUUAAAGUUUGAUUCCUUGUGAUGAAUGGUGUUAUGGACUUGUUCUGAGCCGUAAUUGAACAGGUUGAUUUAACCACAGAGCAAUGGAGCCUGAAGUACAAAUAAACACCCAGGAUUGCCGUUUAACCUAUGCCGCAUGCCCCUAUUUUGUUUAAUAUUUGAACUUUAUCUGUGGAGAGGUGUAAAUUUAGAUAUUACCUGGAAACAAAAGUUUAAAUGUCUUUCUGGUCUCAGCCAGAAACGUAUCCAGGUGUUUGAGUCCACAGUCCUGAGACGUUCCACAAAUUAAAUCACAAUAAUAAAUCAUGCAGUUUUUCUUAAUUGCUGUGUAAAAAAUAAUUCAUAGCAAAAAGCUUCCACUCAUGGAGCAAACGUCCGUUCAGAAUGAUAAUUCUUUGCCAACCACUCUGUAAUUUGCACAACAAUGUAA